AUGGCAGCAGUUGGAAGUUUGCUGGUUCAGUGUUUAUCAAGAAGCAGACUCUUGAACCUGAAGAUGACAGCAUUAUGUGUUUGUUCAGUUGGGAUUAAUAUCGCUAAAGGUCAUCAGUUGAUGUCACAACAUAUUCUAUUAAGUAGACUCCAUACUGCUCUUUUUUAUUCUAACAUGGCACCUGAAUCAUCCAUUGGUCAAAUGAGGAGGCAGGCUGCCCUGGGAUUCAAAACAGGUGGGGAUAAUUAUGAUGCUCAUCGUCCAAGCUACACAGAUGAAUCUGUAGAUCUGAUUGUGUCUGAGAUUGUUGCUACAUCAGAAGCAGCCCUAGGAAGUGGUCUCAAAUAUGAUGUAUUAGAACUUGGAGCUGGGACGGGGAAAUUGACUGAACGCCUGUGCAAGAAAUUGCCAAGUCACCUGAAGUACUUGGCCACCGAGCCAUCUGAAAAUUUCCUUGAGGUUUUGAAAUCUAAGGGCCUGAAUGUUGAUGUUGCCAUUGCGACUGCUGAUAGAAUCCCUCUGGCAGACAACACUGUAGGGACUGUUGUGUGUGCUCAGUCCUUCCAUUGGUUUUCAAGCAAGGAUAAUCUGGACAGCAUUCACAGAGUUCUGACACCUGGAGGUAAACUUAUAUUGAUCUGGAAUAUGCCCGAGUUUAGUUACGAAUUUAUGGUUGCAUUUUAUGAACAGACAAUAGAGGUGGUGAAAAAGACUGGUGGAUCUGUGAAUUAUCUGAUCAACUUUAUGGACUGGCGUAAGGACAUAGAUGUAUCAGAGGAUUUUAAAUUGCUCUGGCACCGGUCACUUACUGGUAUUAAAAUUCAAGGAGAUAUUGAGGAAAUUCUGUCAAAUCAUGCAACUGGGUCUGCUUAUAAACUCCUUCCAGCAGCUGAGUGUGAUGCUUAUAUUGACCAGCUUCGACAGAUUUUGAAAACCUGGCCUGGUCUGAACUUGAACAACAUUACCAUACCGCAUACGACUGAACUUUUUAUGUUUACUGCUCAGUAG